UCAAGCUCGCGUCCAAAUUUUCAUAGACAGCAAGUUCUCAUAGAGCCACGUCUAGAGAUGUCCUGUUGCCAUGGCGCAUUAGUUUACUUGGUCGGACGCACAGCAGGUACAUGUUUUGGGCUGACCGCCCUUUACUGCUCGUGUAUAAAAGCGAAGCGGUAAUAUCUCAGUCCAAUAACAAAGAACAUCAUCCACAGUCACUGGAGACCCAUCCUCGAGCGCUACAAUGAAGUUCAUCUCACUCACCACUAUGAUUAUGUCUGCCGCAGUAUUGGUGGGCAUCGUUAAAGCAGACUCGGACACCAACCCCAACGGGGGGCCAUGUGCCCAGAACAGCAAGUAUGAGUGUGGACGAAUGGCGGGUUAUAACGGGAACAUGCCAUUUUUGUUCUACUGCAAUAUAAACAACAUUGUCGAGGUCGUUCAAAAUUGCCAUUGUAUCCAGUGCUGUUCUGUCAUCCACGGAGGUGUAGGCGACUCCGGGUCUGUGAAUUGCACAUAAGAGGAAAGAAAGGCUAUCUCUGUAACUGGAACUGGCUGGUGCUGGGGGAAUAG